GGGAUAUUUAAAAAGUCAUCACAAGCCUCCCUUCAGAAUAAUGAACAUUGAUUGACCGAUUCUCUGACCAGCUGCCGUGGAAAUUGGAUCCCAUAUGCCUUUGACAAGUGAACCAAUUGGCUUUUUUGGAGUUUUUUGGGAAGUGAAAUUAUCUGUAAAUGAACAACGUGGAAGCCUUUUAACCUGUCAGUUCCACUGAAGCACAAACCACAAGUAAUCAAAACAUAAGAACUAUGUCCAAAUUCCAGUUGCUGAUACAGCAACAAAUGAACGAAAUCAUAUUUCAUCCCUUUCUGUUCGGAGCUCUUGUAUCCUUAUUCUUGUUCUGGGCUAUUACUAAAUGGUUCUACAAACCUGCUGCAAACAAGAAAUUACCCCCAUCACCACCGAAGCUACCGAUACUCGGAAAUCUCCACCAGUUGGGCUCAUUGCCCCACCGCAAGCUCCAAUCCUUGGCCGAAAAACAUGGGCCACUCAUGCUUCUCCACUUCGGCACUGUGCCUACUCUUGUUGUGUCAUCGGCAGAUGCAGCCCGAGAAAUCAUGAAAACUCAUGAUCUCAUUUUCGCAGACAGGCCUCAAUCAAGUGUUAGCAGGCGGCUUCUGUACAACUUUAAGGAUGUAUCCGUUGCCCCGUAUGGCGAGUACUGGAGGCAGUUGAAGAGCAUUUGUGUGCUCCAACUUCUCAGUAACAAAAGGGUUCAAUCUUUCCGUUCAAUCAGGGACGAAGAAACAGCCCUUCUGGUGAAUAAGAUACGGAAAUCUUCAUUUCCAGUGAAUUUGAGUGAGAUGUUUGCUGAGCUCACUAAUGAUGUGGUUUGUAGAUCAGCUUUUGGCCGGAAGUUCAGUGAAGGCGAAAAUAGCAAGAAAUUUCUUUCCCUGUUGAUAGAAUUGUUGGAGCUGUUGGGGAGUUUUCCUAUCGGAAAUUUCAUUCCAGUGCUUUCCUGGAUCAGCCGUGUUAAUGGUUUUGAUGCAAGAGUGGAUAAGGUUUCGAAAGAACUGGAUGAAUUCCUGGAGGGAGUGAUCAAAGAGCGCAUGGAAACUCCCAAUGAGGACAAAAAUGGAGCAAAUUUUGUUGACAUUUUGCUUGACAUUUACCAGAGUAAUUCCUCUGGUGUCUCCAUUGACAGAGAUAGCAUCAAGGCAAUAAUUCUGGACGUGUUUGCUGCAGGAACUGAUACUACAGCCACAGUUCUAGAAUGGGCGAUGACAGAACUCUUACGACACCCUUCCGUCAUGAAAAAAUUGCAAAUUGAAGUAAGAGAAAUUGUUAAAGACAAACAAGACAUAACGGAUAACGACUUGGAAAAGAUGCAGUAUCUGAAAGCUGUGAUCAAGGAAACUCUUCGUUUCCACACUCCAAUCCCAUUGCUAGUGCCCCGACAAGCAAGGAAAGAUGUGAAAAUCAUGGGGUACGAUAUUUCAGCCGGGACAAUGGUGAUAACUAAUGCUUGGGCCAUCAGCAGGGACCCUGUCUCUUGGGAUGAACCAGAAAAGUUUGAACCUGACAGGUUUUUAAAUUCAUCAAUAGACUUUAAGGGCCUGGAUUUCGAGCUCAUCCCAUUCGGAGCUGGAAGAAGGGGCUGUCCAGGGAUCGCGUUUGCCAUGGCUACUACAGAGUUCGUGUUAGCAAAUAUUGUGCAGAAAUUCAACUGGAAAUUGCCUGAUGAAGGGAAAGAAUUGGACAUGAAGGAGCACCCUGGAGUUACAGUUCAUAGAGAUGUUCCUCUUCUUGUGGCUGCAACUCACUAUCAUUCUUAGUACAAUGGGAUGGAAAUAGAAAUGUGUGUAUGAAAGUAUCCUGUGCUUCCUAUCUAUAACUAUGUAUCAUUUAGUUGAGAUUUAUAAGUUGUCUAUUGAAACAAUUAGAGAAGAAUAAAGAUUAUUGCAUCUGCUAUAA